AUGGCGGAUUCGAUAUUCGUCACGCCGCAACGACGCUCUUCAUCGCAGGCCUCUUCGUCCUCUCGCCGUAGCCAGAGAAUCAACAAUAACAACAGCAGCAACAAAUCCCUCCGACCGAAACAAGCCAAGCGCCUGUCUGGACUCUCUAUCGCUUCCUCAACUACGACAAACACAUCGACCACGACGACCGCCGACCUGACUUCGUUCCCCUCCCUUUCACCCAACGGAUCGCCCGAAGCAUCGCGGACCCAACCACCCCAAAGUUAUGGGCUUAGCCAAACACUGUCAGAGGAACCCGGCAACCUGGAAGACGGCUCGGCCGACGUGAGGCGCGGCCGGAAAGCUGCUCUGGACAGGCUCACUUCGUCAUUGUCUCAGCAAUCCGGCCGAUCUGCUUUGUUUGACGACUCUCUGUUAAGCACCGAAAUGCCCGGCGCACUACACCUGGCCGACAGUGCGCACAUAGAGCGUUUAUUGGAGCGAAGUGGCGCUGUUGCCGUGGUGAGACAGUAUGCUCGCGAUCUUGCGAUCCGCGACGCCGAGAUUUCGAAGCUGCGUCGCAGAGCUGAUGCACGGGAGCGGGAACUCAAGAAGAUGCUUCGCGAAUCCGGGGUGUCUAGCCAGGAUACCGAGAGACGUCUUUACGAUUUAGAAAACCCAGCUUCGAAAGCUGCGUCAGUCGCCGGCGAUGUAGAAGACUCGAAACAGCCGCUCCCAAAGCCCAGUAUCAACGGCCUUAUGGACCAGGCCAUGCUGGACCCGGUUGGGGAGGACGAGCCAGAUCACGCCGAUUUGCAUGCGACGCUGCGCCCACAUCGCAACGACGACGACUCCAAGUCUGGUUCCUCCAGCAUCGAAUCUAACACGAAGCGAAAGUCGGGAACAGUCCGCAUGUGGCAGGACUAUAUUUUCGGAAGUACUAAUACCAGCCGGAAGACGAGCCGUGCCAGUAGUGUGGUUACUGACGCCGAUGACCUCGAAGACUCAACAGGACGUGCGAAUUUAUCAAACAAUUCCCAUGGACGUCGCAAGGGGCUCGAUGAUCGACUUUUUCAGCCUCCCGUUAGUCGCGCUACAUCUCCGGCGAGAGCAGCCGAUUCAAAGAACGCCGAUGCUUCGAGCGUGCAUUCACGAAAGUCUUCUAGGUCCGUUACUUCGUGGACGGUGAAGCUCUUCGCCGGUGGUUCUCAGAACAAAGACACCCCUGCUCCCUCGUCCAACGACCGGAGUCGUGCAUCUUCGUUGGGUCAAGACAAGCUCAAAAGCAAUGCAAAGAGUGCUGUCAACUCCUCGAAUAAAGGCAGUCUCUCCGCUGUGGCAGCGUUGAAACGUAUCAAUAGCUACAACGGCUCCAACACUCUUCCGAGCACAUCUUCUGCUACACCCGCAGCUAAUAGAGCUUCUCAACGCCGCGCCACUGGGGCUAGCCCACUCAAUCCACCCAACGCGGAUCGCAGUAAUGAAACUGCCGCAUCUAACCUUGGUCCUGUUGAGAUGGAUGCCAUCUUGCCUAUGGAGUCUCGCCCGCCGACUCUUACUAGUAUAUACGGCAACUACCAGCCAGGAGACCUAUUAACUGAUCGCUUCGGCUUUAUUUAUGACCAGCGUCGCAAAAAGAGACAGAGAGAGGCGACUUUGCUGAAGAACAAAGCUAACCGAAACAGCAUGGCCGAGACGAUCAGCAGCUAUCGCAGCGAAGAUCCUACUGAUGAUAUCGACGGCGUUUAUGGAAGUAUCCAGCCAGGUAGCGAGACACGCCCUAGUUCUGCCGGAACGCCCGUCUCCAUAGAGGAAGCUGACAAUGAUGGUCCGAUCACAAGACGCUGGCAAGACUAUCUACGCAUCGCUACGCGUCCCACCGAACUCCUCUCGCACACUCCUUCGGCGGCGCCCAUCGUUGGCAUUGCUACAUCAGAAGGGGCCCCAAAGAGACAAGCAUCUUCAGUUGCCCUAGAUAAAGACGGAGCCCUCUCUGUCGGUUCCAGCUCACAGCCUACGGCUUCGACUUCAGCUAUCGUCGCAGACAGCCCGGAAUUUGCCAACGCAGCUGUGCGGCCUCCAGCCACAACUACAUUCACGGUUGUCAACGAACAAGAACCAGUGAAAAUGCUUCUUGAACAAUUGACUGAGCUCCAUGACGUUCUCCAACGAGACCGAACAACCAAAUGGAAUGAAUUCCUCCGCAAGGUUCGUGCUGAACGUCGACGAGAAGGCGAGGCCGCAGCAGCGAUGGAUCCUGAUCGUGCAAACCUGUCGCUCAGCACACCAGAAGCUGCACUGGUUGAUGGAGAAGUCGUGGGUAUUGCUGGUCUGGGAAACAAGGGCAAAGUCGGCCGUAACAAGUGGCGCGAAUUCCGAUCACUGGUGCUCUCCGGCAUCCCCGUUGCUCAUAGGCCCAAAGUAUGGGCUGAGUGUAGCGGCGCUUCAGCAAUGCGCGUUCCUGGCUACUACGAUGACCUUGUUAAAGGAGUGAGCGCUGUCGAUGUCGAUGCUGCAAUAGUUUCUCAAAUUGAUAUGGACAUCCAUCGCACAUUGACCGAUAACGUGUUUUUCCGAAAGGGACCCGGUGUUGCAAAACUAAGGGACGUGCUUUUGGCAUAUUCACGCCGCAAUCCCGAGGUUGGAUACUGUCAGGGAAUGAAUCUCAUAGCUGCGUCUCUGCUGCUGAUAACGCCGACCGCGGAAGACGCCUUUUGGAUUUUAACGUCCAUGAUUGAAAAUAUACUCCCUCAGCACUAUUACGACCACGGCCUGCUUGCAUCCCGAGCGGACCAACAGGUUCUGCGCCAGUACAUUACAGAAGUGCUCCCCAGAUUGUCCGCGCAUCUUGAAGAGCUUGGAAUUGAGCUGGAGGCACUGACAUUCCAGUGGUUCUUAUCUAUAUUCACAGACUGUUUGUCAGCCGAAGCCCUGUAUCGCGUAUGGGACGUGGUGCUCUGCCUCAACGCUACGAGCACAAUCCAUAAUGGAGCCCCUGGUGCUGCCAAAACAGGUAAUAGGGACAAAGGCACAUCCGCUGCUACUGGAAACGGCGCAAACAAGGCUGCAGAGGAAGAAGAAGUAGCAUCAGCAAGCGGUGGCGGAAGCACAUUUUUGUUUCAAGUUGCCCUCGCUUUGCUCAAGCUCAACGAGCAGCAGCUGCUUACUACCUGCUCUACCCCAGCUGCAGUCUACACCUACGUGAAUCACCAGAUGACAAACCAUGCAAUCAGCAUCGACGGGCUCAUCCAGGCCAGCGAGGCAUUGAGGAAUGUGGUUCAACGCGAAGAUGUUGUAGCCCGACGUGCUGCAGCUCUCCGCCACAUGAAGGCAAACAGUUUCUCGUACGACAAUUCUGGCAGUGGAGAUGAAAGAGUUUCCCAAGGGGGAGCAUCAUAG